AUGGCCCAACCACUAGAAAACCCAAGUCCUAGUCCACGCUAUCCGCCCUGUUCGAUGGUACCACCCUUGCCUCCACCCUUCGGAUUGGCCGCCGCAUUGAAUAGUCCGCGUUUGCCGCUACCUCCACCGCCCCCACCCCCUGGGGCCUGCGCUCCACAUCCAAUGCUGAUGCUACAGUGGAUGCGUUCCCUCCUUUCUCAACCACAACCACCUUCCACGGCCUCAGCCGUCGCUGCUCCCGCGCCACCACCGCCACCUCCACUACCGCCACCAACGUCAGUGCAGCCGUUUUGUGCUGCAGCAGAAGCGGCGCAACUGGCAGGACUGCUAAGCGCUGCAAAGAGUGGAAAUUCACAGCAAGGAUCAGUUCCAUCACAUCCGCUGGCGCCGUUCAACCACUAUCAGCAUGAAACAAUGGAAUGGCAGCAUACAAAUCAGGCAAGAUAA